GGUUGAUGUCAGGUUCAGGACAGGUGGGAGCUCCGGUUAAACGAACCGCUGUUGUUCUCCAUACAAAGACGGCGAGAGGCGGAGAAACACUUUAAAUUCACAGUAAAUUUAGAGCAUGAACUCUCCGCCGUGAAUUCAGACGUUAUCCGCGAAAUAAAAGUUUUUAAUUAUGAGCGGUUUUGUGUGAAAAAUGUCCGACCGAAGACAGAAAAAUUCAACAGAAACUGCGCAGUCAUAGUUUAAUGGGAGCGGUGACCUGAGCAGUGAGAUGGAAAAGGUGAUUAAAUAAACAUCAGCACCGUGACUCAAACAGCUGCAGAUCGGCUGAUUUUUCUCCAGCAGAGAAUCGUCAGUGGAUCACGGAUCAAACGAUUCAUAGAUCAGUUAUCGGCUCGGUGAGGGGAAAAAAUAUAUGCCAGCUGACGACAAGGUUGCCAUCCUGACGGACGACGAGGAGGAGCAGAAGAGGAAGUAUGUGUUGGCCGAGCGGUGCGACGCCCUGUCGGAGGAGCGGCAGGCGGGCGUGUCCGCCACGCCUGUGCCCACCUCAUACGAGCCCCCCCAAGAGACCCCGGCCUCGCAGCCCGACUCCAUCGGCUGCUGCAAGAGGAUGUGCCUCCGCAUCAACAGCCACCUCCUCAUCUCCAAAGUUUUCUACUUCUUCUUCUACGCCGCCUACGGCUCGCUGCACCCCCUGCUGGCCGUGUACUACAAGCAGCUCGGCAUGUCAGCCAGCCGCAGCGGGUUGCUCGUCGGCAUCCGCUACUUCAUCGAGUUCUGCAGCGCCCCCUUUUGGGGCGUGGUGGCGGACCGCUUCAAGAAGGGGAAGGCUGUCCUGCUGUUCUCGGUGCUCUGCUGGUUGGUGUUCAACUGCGGCAUCGGCUUCGUCAAACCAGCUGAGAUGAAAUGCGAGGAAAAAGGUGCUGCUCCCGUGACGCCGGAGACGCCUGCGAGGCCGACCCUCCCUCACGGUAACGUCACGCAUCCGGGCAACUCCACCAACAACAACAACAGCAGCGGACGCCGGAGCUUAUUAGACCUCGCUGAACUCCUGGACUUCGGCCUGCUCCACAGGCAGGAACGAAGCGUCCACGCCAGCGUGACGUCGCCCCCCUCCAAGCCGGCCAGCACCACCCAGCUCACACCAAAUAGCACCCUGCGCACCACAGCCGCCACCUCUCAGGCUCCGGCCAAGGCCAAGGAGUACCAGAUCAUCUACAACGAGGACCAGGUGGAGACCAUCUUCCUGCUCAUCCUGCUCGUCAUCAUCGUGGGCGAGUUCUUCAGCGCCCCGGCCGUCACCAUCGUGGAUACCGUCACCCUGCAGUACCUGGGUAAAGCCCGGGACCGCUACGGCCUGCAGAGGAUGUGGGGCUCUCUGGGUUGGGGUCUGGCCAUGCUGCUGGUGGGCAUCUGGAUCGACCACACACACGUCACCGUCGUGAUCGACGGUAUUGGCUGCAUCCUGCCCGACUACCGCCUACACAACUACCAGAUCGCCUUCAUCGUCUUCGGCGUGCUGAUGGGCGUGGCGUUCGUCGUUGCCACUCAGUUCUACUUUGAAAAGGCUGGCGACUACGGGCAGGCGCUUCCAGAGGGGGCGGCGGAGCAGACGGACGGCGCGAGGUCGAUACCGGAGUCCGGCUCCUCGGACCAGACUCCCAUCAGCCCCGCUCAGGAGUUCCACUACAGCGAUCUCCUGAGGCUCCUCUGCAGCGUGCGCUACAGCUCCGUGCUCUUCGUCGCCUGGUUCAUGGGCUUCGGCUACGGCUUCAUCUUCAGCUUCCUCUACUGGCACCUGGAGGACCUGAAGGGGACGACCACGCUGUUCGGCGUCUGCUCCGUCCUGAGCCACGUCUCCGAGCUCGCCGCUUACUUCACCAGCCACAAGUUCAUCGAGCUGGUCGGACACGUCAGAGUGCUGUACAUCGGCCUGGCCUGCAACACAGCUCGUUACCUGUACAUCUCCUACCUGCAGAACGCCUGGACCGUCCUGCCCAUGGAGGUCCUUCAAGGUGUCACCCACGCCUCAGUUUGGGCAGCAUGUAUCUCCUACCUGAGCGCCGCGGUCCCCCCUGCGCUGAGGACGUCGGCGCAGGGAAUCCUGCAGGGCCUUCACCUGGGUCUGGGCCGCGGCUGUGGAGCCAUGGUGGGAGGAGUCUUCGUCAGUUACUUCGGUGCUGCAGCGACGUUCAGAGGCAUCGGCAUGGCCUCGCUCGUCAUCCUCCUCAUCUUCUCCUUCAUCCAGUGUUUGACCGGAGAGACUGAGGAGAAAGAGGACAAAAUGUUGGCAGAGAACAUCCCGGUCCCCUCCAGCCCGGUUCCCAUCGCCACCAUCGACCUGGUGCAGAGCCAGAGCGCCGGCGGUAACCCGGCCUCGGGCCACCAGGCCGCCGCCUUACCCGUCAAGAAGACCAAGCACCAGGAGGAUCAGGAGGACGUUACCCGGCCGGCCUGGGUGCUCUCCGGAGCCCCCUGGGUCACCAUCGCCUUCGCCAUCGUCCAGAUCAAAGAAAUGAUGAACGCGGCGAGGAGAGGCGGACCGCCACCAGAGACCCACCCACUGCAGGUAACUAAUGAGCGCGUGCCGGCCGAGGCCGAGGCGGCGGCGGCGGCGGCGGCGGCGGCGGCUGCGGCAGCAUCGCACAGAAAUUCAACGGAUGAUGGUACAGGUCUGCCGCCCACGCAACCAAACACCGCCCACCCCAGCAGAGACCUAACGCACCCACCCUCAGACAGAGGAAAGCCUGAGGAAAACCCAGCCUUCACAGCAGAAAACAAAGACUGACUUUCUGUUUAGAAACUAUUUAAUUUACACACACUGAGCUUUAAACUCAAUGUGGUUUAUUACUGUAAAAAUAUCCACCUUAACGAGUCACUUGGUCUCAAAUUCAGUCCUAAAAUCAGAGUAAAACUCCGCUGCUGAAAUAUUGUAACACAAGAAUUAAUUUGUUGAGGUUUUUCUUUUGUUCCUUUUCUUUUCUGAAAUGGUUUUAAGACGGAUAAGACUUGUUUUAAUGGUUCGUUUUUUGCAGCGGGGAGCGUGGUUCGAGUCUUUGGGUGAAAAAGGAGGCGCGUUCGGCGGCACUUCACUCCUCAGAGGCGAGCAAAUCCAACGCGCCUCGGAGCCCCGUGCACUGUGUCACUAGCUGCCCUUUAAGGGUGGAGUGUGAUUCCACAGCAACGUGCAGGAUUUAAAAGAAUUGACAGCUGCUACAACAAAAUAAUGACAGCACAAAAGUAGAACAUUAAAUUGCCGUUGUUCUGUGACACAAAUGAUAAAAUAUUUUAGGGGGUUUUAAACUGCAGUACUUACUUUUCACGCAGAGGUUCCUAAACUUUCGUGCAGCACAGGUUGUUUCUAAACUGGCGGCACGUUGUCUCUCAUCAACGAUCUGCGUUUCCCGUGCCGCCUUCACAAUAAAGGCCACUCCGCGUGCCACCAGUUGAAGCAGCAGUGGUAAAUGUUGGAUUAGCGUGGGCAGUCACUCAAUAGAGAGCAAACAGUUAAAAGUUAAAAAAAUACACAAGAAAUUGCAUCAAAAACGGAAGGUUUUGAACUUUAACUUGACUUUUCCGUCCCCACACGCAAAUAAGCCUUGAUAUGAGAUCAGAUGAGAAAAGUAGACCAUUAAAAAGUGAAGCUAAACAGAAAACUAAAUUAAAAAUACAGACAGACCCAGACUGUGGCACGUUCAAGGUGCAAACUUGCCUAACUGGGCAGUGUCUGGAUCUGGAUUUUAGAAAGAAGAAAAAAAAAAAAAGACAUGAAUCAUUCUUUAACCUUAUCUGGGUCCAGGUCACGUGAAUCCAAUUAUAUCAUCGGUAAUUAUCGUUAUGCUCGGCUGCUACACCCUCGCACAUUCAUGCUUUGGUCGUUAUGAUCGUGAAGCUGGUAUUACAUUGCAUUCAGUGUAUUUCAAAGUCUUAUCUUUAACCUGGUGAGGCCUAUAAGUGUGUUUCCUUAAUCAUGCCAGCUCUGUAUUAAAUGUUCUGUGGCCUGUGGCGCGGGGGUCGGGAACCUCUGUAAUAAUCAAAUAAAACGGUAUUUUUGCAGAUUUCUUUAAAUGCGUUCGACUCGCCGCACUUCCAGUGCAGUUUUACACGACAGGACGCCGAGGACAACAGGUCGACCUGCACUGGGGAGGCGUCAGAUCCUUCGUUUCAGAUUUCAUCACAAAAUCGAGACUCGGCAGAGGAUGACCCCGCUGUCUGAGGUGGACGUUUGAUUGCUGUAUAUUUGUAUAAUUUCCUGACGGGGCGCGUUGAAGGACCCGUGAUGAAGAAGUGCCUCUUUUAAACCCACUGUAAAGCCUCUCGAUCGUCAUUGUUGUCCCCAACUUAUUACUCCACGAUGUCAAGCAGGGAUCCCUUUACUGUAGCGCACUGCUACAGACAGAUCUGUCGUCUUUUUUAAAGGUUGAUUCCACUGUUUUUGUAUUGAAACCACCAGUACCCGACACACGCUGUGUCUGCUCUCCUGUAACGUUGAUUUCCAUGCCAAACGAUUCCCGGUGUUCGGUGUCUUCUGUGUCGCCUGAGCAGGAAGGCCUGAGGGACUGAAGAAAUUCUGGUAACUGUAAUGUGGACGAUUAAAGGAGACUUUGGAAAAA